AUGGAUGAUGUUGCGGCUAGUGAUGUACCGGUGGUUGAAGAAUCAGUGGUGGAUCCACCGUUGAAGAAGCCACGAUUUGAUGAGGAAGUGAACAGAGUAGCGGAGAUUGUGCUUGUGUUAUCAGCAUUACGGAGGAUUCGAGGAGGUAAAAGUCCAACGGAAUUGGAAUUAGAGCUUAUGGUUGAAGCGAAAUCGAAAUUAGUUGAUAUGUGUCAAGAGUUUAGUCCAAAAGAUAUUAUAAGUAGAGAUGCGAUUGGAGCUGUGAUUGAAGAUCUGGGUUUGAAUGGUAAGGUUAAAGAUCAGAGAUUAGGGUUUCGAGCUCCUAAAUUAACCAUUUCUGAAAAACUCUCUCUUGGUAAAAGAAAGAUGGAAGAAUUGAAGAAGCAUCCAAUUGUAUCAACUAGCUAUACAUCUCCGGGUCAUUCGAUUCCGAGUAUGGCUCUACCUAAUAAUGUUUCUAUGGCGGCGCAUCAUCAGUGGCCUAGUAGCGAAAUGAAGGCAUCGGGUAGUUCUGUUAAUGUGACCGGAAGCCAUUUCGUGAGGGAUGCGUCGGGAAUUACGCAGUCUAGACCACUGUUUAAGCCAGAUAUGCAUAUUGGUGCUUCUCAGGGACCAGCGGUUCCUACGGGAAGUUAUUUUGGGAAUGCUGCUACAUCUUGGUCUGGCCAACCUCAUUCCAGUCCCUCCACCAUAUCAUUUGGUACUCCAUCAGAGAGCAAAGUUCAUGUUCAGAGUUCUUCAAGAGUCUCCGAUCCGAGCUUUAGACCAUUCAUGUCGCAAACUCCACCAAGUACAUUCACAGGCAUGAAAGGAGUGAAUUACGGUCAGACUUCUUCACCUUUUGGAAACAACAACCAUGCUGAAAUCGCUAAGGUAAUCCACAAGGUUCUUCAACCUCGGGCUAAACAAAAUCUCUUGUGGAAUCCGCCAUCGAGGGAAUACAUGAGUAAAGCAAUAACAUGCCAAAUGUGUCAAGGAAGCAUCAACGAAGUAGAGACGGUUCUAAUCUGUGAUGCCUGUGAGAAAGGAUAUCACUUGAAAUGUCUACAAGCUAACAAUUUGAAAAGUGUUCCGAAAUCUGAAUGGCAUUGUCCAAGAUGUGUGCAAUUAUACAAUGGGAAGCCUUUUCCUCCUAAAUAUGGCCGUGUCAUGAGAAGUGCGACUACGGCGAAAAUGUCUUCUAGUACAGGUGAAGUUCAAGCAUCCGCAGAGAAGAAAGUUGGUGAAGCGGAUCUAAAGGUUGCUAAUCAAGAGUCAGUGUCGCAUUCCGAGACUGCAAAAGGAACUGAAGAUGACACAGCUAUGAGUCAAACAGUUGAAGCUAAAGAUGCAGCAGCUAUAAAUCAGACGGUUGAAGCUGAAGAUGCAACAGCUAUAAGUCAAACAAUCGAAGCUGAAGAUGCAGCAGCUAUGAACCGAGCAGUUGAUACUAACAAUGAAUCACAAGAUCCUAUAGGAAAUGAUGCCGAGUGUCCCGAUCCUUCUCAACCGGUGUCUCACUCAGAGACUCUUAAUCCUCCAAAAGUAGAGAACAGUGAAGAUCCGAACAAAGAUGUUACCGAGAGAUCUGUUUCCGCAGAUUGUCAAGAUGAAAGCUCGAAGAUGCCUCCUCCUUCGCAAUCCAACACCGUCAACAACGCAGAUCCUUCCCAAAUUCAGAACGCAACACCAGAUGUCCAAGACCAAGAGGCUGUACAAAAGAAUGUUACAGAAAUUCCAGAGGAAGACAAAAGCUGUUAA